GCGGUGGCCUGUGUUUAGUUGUUCCAGGACGGCCACUGUGAACUGGGUGUGUGGCAGUGUAUGUGUGUCGCUGGGCGGGCUGUGUGUGCGGUGGUUCCCACCCGUGCUGAGUGUGGGUAGUUCUGCAGGGUGAGACACCCAGUGUCACUGCCUGAGGCUUUAUGGGGCUAUCCGCAGUCGUUCCAGCAGCGGGGUAUACUUUUGUUGUGUAAAGCGCUAUGUUGAGUGUCGCUGCAAAUGUGUGUGACUGGGUGUACAAUUUGGGUGGCUGGCUCCAUGAGGUUGGCGCUGUAUGUCUAUGAGUACCUGCUGCACAUCGGUGCCCAGAAGUCAGCCCAGACCUUCCUGUCUGAGAUCCGAUGGGAGAAGAACAUCACGCUGGGGGAGCCCCCCGGGUUCCUGCACUCCUGGUGGUGUGUGUUCUGGGAUCUGUACUGUGCAGCGCCUGACCGGAGAGAGGCCUGCGAGCACUCAGGCGAGGCCAAGGCCUUCCAGGACUAUAGCGCUGCAGCUGCCCCCAGCCCUGUGAUGGGGAGUAUGGCCCCAGGUGACGCAAUGGCCGCAGGCCCCAUGGCAGCUGGCUUCUUCCAGCCCUUCAUGUCACCGCGCUUCCCAGGGGGCCCCCGGCCCGCCCUGCGGAUGCCGAGUCAGCCUCCCGCAGGCCUCCCCGGCUCCCAGCCCCUCCUCCCUGGCGCCAUGGAGCCCUCCCCAAGAGCCCAGGGGCAUCCGAGCAUGGGCGGCCCAAUGCAGAGGGUGACGCCUCCUCGGGGCAUGGCCAGCGUGGGGCCCCAGAGCUAUGGAGGUGGCAUGCGGCCCCCGCCCAACUCCCUUACUGGCCCAGGCCUGCCUGCCAUGAACAUGGGCCCAGGAGUUCGUGGCCCGUGGGCCAGCCCCAGUGGAAACUCGAUCCCCUACUCCUCCUCAUCCCCCGGCAGCUACACGGGACCCCCAGGAGGAGGUGGGCCCCCUGGAACACCCAUCAUGCCUAGCCCUGGAGAUUCCACUAACUCCAGCGAAAACAUGUACACUAUCAUGAACCCCAUCGGGCCGGGCGCUGGCAGGGCUAAUUUCCCGCUCGGCCCUGGCCCGGAGGGCCCCAUGGCCGCCAUGAGCGCGAUGGAGCCUCACCAUGUGAACGGAUCCCUGGGCUCGGGCGACAUGGACGGGUUGCCGAAG